CAAAGUUUUGUAGGUAUGUUGAGUGAAUUUGUGGGUACAAAUAUACAUCUCAAACGAAAACUGCGGAUCAAAAUAUACCAGAGCCCCAAUUGCUCUGCUUCUAAUUUUGUUUCUAGACAACAGCACAAAAGAGGAGUGCAGAGAGCACAGAGCAGAGAGCGGAGAAGGAGCAAAAUAGAGAAAACCAGGUACAAGAAGCUAUUUGGAAGCCAAAACCUAAGACAACAGCUUGUGUUGUCUACACUCACCUUCACGCCCAUUCAAAUUCACGACAUACGAAACAACGAGACAUGGCCCGGUCUCCGCAUGUACGAGGUCGCCCUCCUCAAGUUGCUCGCUUUGGUCUGCCAUGGUUGUUCUUUCGAAAUCAACGACACUGGCAAUGGAUUUAAGUUCAAGCCAGGGAUAGUGAUGGGUGGGUCGAAACUGGAACACGACUGUGAUGUUGAGCGGUCUAUUUGGUAUUUCUUGGAGCCCUUAAUUUUGCUUGGCCUCUUUGCCAGGAAACCCAUUACCAUUACGCUUAAAGAUGGGAUUUUAACAAUCGGUUCAGGGUUUAGGUACAUGCCGCUCGCGGAGUCUUUCAGCCCUUCCUUCCAGAUGUUCGCAUAUUUACUGACCAUAGAGUUGGCCCACAAACUGGAGUGUCACAUGGUUAUGGAACGUCACUAGUUGCAGAAACAA